AUGACCUUCACCUACGUGCGCGUGGCCUUGGUGCUGUGGAGGAGUGGUUCAAUGAACGAAAACGAUGAAGCCGCAGCCAGCGUUCCCAGAGCCCAGAUGAAGCUGCGGAGGAAGAAAGCCAAGAUGCUGAUCGUCGUCGUUCUUAUGUUCGGUGUGUGUUACCUCCCUGUCUACAUGCUCUUCAUCUUCCAAGUGACUGGUGUGCUGCUUUAUUUUCCAAUGUCCUCCAUACCGCCUCUGGCCAUGUUGGCUCACUGGCUGUGCUACUUCAACAGCUCCAUCAACCCCGCCAUCUACAACUUCAUGAGCUGCAACUUCCGACGCGAGUUCCGCGUGGCCUGCUACAUCUGCUGCCGACGUGGAUCAGAACGAGGCAUGACGAUGUAUGAAGCGCUGCGUCUGCGCAACAUCUCGCGGCUCCAGCAAGCAGCGCGGGCCCUGCAGCAGAACGAGACUUCCGGCCUGACCCGGACGGAGAGCACCAUGCUCGCGACCCCCGUGCUGAACGGCCGUCGUGCAGUCGGCGAAGGGGGAGAGGCGCCAAGGGGCGAACGAAACCGCCAUCUUUUCAUUACACUACCAACCCCCCAAUUCGUCAUCACCAGAGAAACAAGCAGACAAACAGCAGCAGCGACAGUUGACCCCCGACUGAUAAGGUUUCCUCUUCUCAGCUGUCCACCACCGCGGCAGCUCCCAUUCCAGAACAAAGGCAGGCUUACAGCACUUACAGGAGCCCGCAGCCGCUCCCCCGAAAUCGGUGUCCCCGGACAGCACCAGACGCACCCGUCUGAGCACAGCGCCCAAUGUGAAUGUCCAGAUGGAGGUGCUGCAAGUGGUGAUGGACUCCAGGAUGAAGGCCAUCAUGGCGAUGCUGUAGGUGAUACCGACAUUGGUCGAGAGUGGCUGGCCGACAAAAAGAUUCCACGAUGACUAAGAUGGUGACAAUGGCGGAUUUAUGAGGAUCAUGCUAAAGAUGAGAUGGAGACUGCUUGAUGGACGGACGCCACUGAAGUAAUACCGACACUGGGUCACCCAUGGAUGCCAAGCCAAAGUGAUGCUGACAGUGUCUGCCUCGUGAGAGAUGAAAGAAGCUGUGAUACUAGGCUGAAGUAUAGAGACAAAGAACACUCACAUAAAGUGUUAAUACUUCAGAAAAAGUGUUAUUAGAGAUGUGUUCCGGUAGUGCAGAGCUGGUCACAGAACUUUGAGACAUUGUAAUCAUAUCAAACGUGACAUGAUGAAUGGUUUUUCAAUUUGACCAUGUCGCUCAAAGAACUAAAAACGUGUCGGUUUGAUGAACAAACAAAAAUAAGUCUGUGAAAUUUUAUUCUUCAUUGCCACAGAUGAAUGAUACUAUACGAUUCCUAAAUAUUGAAAUGGACAUCAAGACGGAAAAUAAAUUGUCUCUGCUUAGAACACUUUACACGUAAUUAUCGUGAAAAAAGAGAUGGAAAGAGAGACUAAAUGGAGACAAAGUGAAGCUCAAAUACUUUAAAAACAUGGGUAAUAAUGUUUCUCCAAAGUAAAAUUCUGGGAUCCAGAAGGAUGAUGUUGCCGAUGUGUAGAAGGACGUUGAAGGUGUGAUGUCGCCAUUAAUUCUUUAGUGACUGUAAGAAGCUUGUCUACGGGUGUCAUCUGCGCUUUGUGAUAGCCACUUCAGUUCAGCUUUUAAAACUCAGUUAAAUCCAUUUAAAAUUUUUAUUAUGCUGGUUAUUAUUAUUGUGACUGCUCUUCCUUUUAAAGCUCUUCAGGCUGUCAUGCGCGCGCACGCACACACACAUACACACACUCACAACAAUUCCUGUUCAACGAUAACAUCGCCGCUUGUGCUUGAUCCUCCCACCGCCCCUCAACCCACCCGCCACCUCCACGCUGGAGCAUCCCAGAGGAAAUCACGGAAUGAGUCCAACGAGAUUACAAUUGUAGUCGAUCAACUCCUCGUCAUGGUCGUCCAAGAUGAUCCACCGAGAAUCGUGACGGCGGUGUGUUAGCUCGCCCGACACCUCAGCUGCCACAAGACGUGUGCUACUGGCGCUGGCAUAAUGAUGCUAUCAGCAGUGUGUUUGUUUGUUUGUUUGUUUGUUUGUUUGUUUGUUUGUUUGUUUGUUUGUUUGUGUGUGUGAGCGCGUGUACGUGCGUGUGUGUCAUCCUCAUUGCAUGACAAGCAGAGUUACUGAGCUUGAAAUUUCGCAAUCAGAAAGACGACUUAAAAUCGCUUCCGCUUCUGUGAUACCAUGGUGGCGAUGCAAGCAAACAUUGUGAUGUUUUAUUUUGAAAAAUACUACGUGAAUACUACGUGAUGCUACGUGAUUGUGGGACGUAACUCUUGUUGCAUGGGCAGCCCGUCGUCGGCAAAGGGAGAGAACAUGUACGUCCUUCGUCCCACACCCGGUGAUUUGCUCCUUUGACAGAGAUGCAUCCGGUAACCCAAGAGUUUGUGAUGUUGAUUCCCUUUCACUGUGUCUGUCACUGCGGACAUGAGAAUCAAGCAGUUGUCUGCGCCUCAUCCUCGCCACGCUCCGCUGCGUUUUCAGACACGUUUCGUUACUCUCAAAGAGUGAUAAUAUCGAAAUGAUGGUUAUUGGGCGCACUUUGUGGUCAUUUAUCUCUCCUGUUCUCUACCUGUCUUUCUCUCUCUCUUUCUGUUACCUGAGCUCGUUUCCGGAAUGUGUCAAGCUCAGUGUAUGACCUGCAUGGCUGGAUGCUUUUAGGUCUCUUACAACCUCCCCUCUCUCUCUCUCUGCGAUUUUUCUCUCCUACUGGUUCAGGCUUGCUUGUCUUUUUUUUUUUUUUUUUCAUUCUUGCACCACUCUCAUUGUCUGUCGGUAACAAACUAAAACUGUUAAAUUAAUGGACUGUGGUAUUUGCUAUCUAUAUGCAAGUUGUUGUUUUUUUUCAAGCUCGUUGUAAUUCGUCACAACUUCCUUUACCGUCAGUUCAAACUUUCAUGCUCAGAAAAGAAAGGGAGCAAAAGGAUGUUUUGUUAUAUUUUAUUGAUGAAUGUUUAAAAGAAUGAGUACGGUGCGUUCAGCAUACAAUGUUGCCCUUCAAGCAAACAGCUGAUGAUAAAGAGUGAGAAGAUGAAUGUGACUGUGUAAUGCAAUGCGUUGUUUCCUGUUUUCUUAAAUUUAAAAGAGUUUGUGUGCAGAAUAAUAACGAUGAAUGUAUGUUAUUCGAAUUGUAAUUUGAAAGAUUUUUGAUUACUUGCGUGCAUGUGUGUAGCUUAAUGAAUGGAUGGCUGGGAGAAGAGAGAGAGAAGAGAGAGAGAAGGAGGGGUAGGGUAACGAGACGAGAUACAGGUAUCACAGGUAUCACAGGUAUCACUCUGACUGAAGAGGAAAACAAGGGAAGUAAUCGGUUGGUCUCAAGUGAUGGAUGUUGAGGUUCUGAAUCACGUCCCAUUGAAUCUUUGAGUUGCGAAGAAAGUUUUUCUUUUUGACAAUCACAUCUAAAACACAACUUCAGGCCCGUUUAUAAAGGCCGUCAUCUUUGCGGACUCUUUCUCGAAAGAAAACCCAACUGACUGUAAUAGGUGAAGGAGGAGGAUCCAUCAGAUAAGUUAAAGUGUCGAGCGAUGCCAGACUAGUGUCGGCAAGUUUUAGUCGGAUAACAAGAUGUGUCGACCUACCCUGAGAUAUUGUUAGCAGUUUUGUCGACUAGUCAGCAAGAUGACUUACAUUUUUGCAUUAUGAUAAACCCUCAUAAAGCCUUCAGAAAAAAUGGAUCUUACUGGAAAAGUAUGAACAAACCUUGUCUUGACUUCGGAAUGUAGGUGAGAAAGCAGGAUGCGAGCACAAUACGUAUUUGCGAGGAUCGGUAAAACUUUUGUUGUCAGUCCAACCGGUUUCAACACAUUUGACAGCGAAGGAUGUUUAUUUAGUUUUACAUUCUUCAAUUUUAAUCACACAGACAAAGAUUGUUGGGCUCGACGACAUCUUCAACAACAAUUUUCAUAUCGAGGCAGUUAAAUUAAAACUUUACUAUGGUUUGUAAUAUUAUUCUAUAUUACACCAUAUAUUCUCCUGGCUGCUCAUCUGUUUAUCACUGUGUUGUGGUUUCAAUAUUAUCUGCCCCAUGUCCAGACCCUGGAGGUCGGCGUGUUGACGACUCCAGCUCUAGAGGAGGACACAAUACAGAGCCUGAAGUGUUUAGAUGCCAUUGUUCCUAAACUAUUAUCUUACAACCUGAAAUUCUGGGGAGAACUGAUUACCAUCAUUGAAACCCAUUUUAUCUGAUUUGUUAUUUAUUUCUUUAAGACAAAAAUUAAGGGAACGAGAAAGAUGGGAGCUACAGUGUCCUGAUUUCACUUUCACUGAGUGGUUUGUCAUUCUUUACGGAGUGCUAUCGUUUCAAAUGUUUUCAUUCCAUGUGCUGUGCAUACCAGGAUGAUUAAUACUGAAAACAUUUUGUAAAUAAUUGGAUUAUGAACGUUAUUAUUAUAUUAUAAAAGCUCACAUUUCAGCAUCAAUUUCUCUCCCCAAAAGAUGCUUUAUAUUUGUGGCAGCAUUUUACUGAGAAAGUGCGUUUACCAUUUUAUCUGUAACAAACAUUUUGGAAAGGACAGUCUUGUAAAAACUAAGAUAGUUAAUCUAGAAUUAACGAUAAAAGCUCGCACAUAGGGAUGAAAUGUCUUAUUUUAAAGGAAGGAAACUCACAGCUGAAAUGCUAAAGUAUAUAAAUAUUGAAUUUUAUUUCUAGUGUAAAACGAUUAUCCAAAUCUGAUUUCACAAACUAUUAAGAGAAAUACCUUCUUUACUAUCGUCUUUCCACACCACAAACUUCAAAACGCUCCAAAGAUGAAGGUUUAUUUUGGGUUAGAGACAACUACUUGUAAUUAACUUUAUUCCUUCUUUUACACGGAGAAUUCAUGGCUAACAAGGGUGUAAUAAAAUAUGUUCCCUGUAGAACAGACACACAAGCAUGGUGUCGAGCAAGAAUCGGUUCUUGAAAAUCAUUUCUCGCCAGGCUGCCUGAUGCGUGUCUCCAGAAACGUUUUGCAAGGAAGGUAACUCGUACCGAACAGCCUCGGUGGUCGCUGAAGAGUUGUGGAUCCUGAAUCGCUUCGAUACAGAAGCCCGAAGACCACCAAGGAUGCUGCGACUAUUCAGUGGGGAGGCUGUACACGUAUAACCUUCCCCUUCAUGCACACAACUAUUUACACGUGGAAGCAUUUCGGAUCUUCUUUCAUUUUGGCUCGCUUAAGUUGAUUCCUCCUGCAAGAGGACAUGUGUGAACUGUCAGUGAUUUAAAUUAAACAAAGAAAACCAUCAUGAACAACAAAUGAGUGAGAGUGAAUCUGUGUAUGUAAUGUGUACGUGUCUGAGGCAUAACGAGAGGGUGAGGAAGGAGUGGGAAGAAAGGGAAGAUCGAAAUAAAGAAA